GCCAGGAUGGAUUAACUGGAGGAAGGCGUCCGCUCCGCAAGACGGUCUUUCUAGCACCCUGUGUGCUGUUCUGAAGCUUGGAACAGCAAAGCGGAAGAUGAGAAAUCAGAAAGAAUGAACCAAGUAGCAAGAAAACACAUGGCUAUGAGGGUCAAAUGAAGUGUGCCUCCAGUUUUAAGCUGAAAAGCUAUUUUACGGAUUUCAGAAGCUCUUUGCCAGCUAUGGAGAAUUCCCCGUCACGACUGAGCCCAUCCUCUUGGGAACGCCGACAGGCAUGGGCCAAUCAGUACUGUACACGGCCCAGGGUGGUUAAAGAAAAGGAGACUCCCAGUGGCUCCCAAGAAACGCCGGAGUUGCGGUGCUCUUUGGAAGAUGCAUUUUUGCGAGGAAAUAUGUCCUCUAAGAUUGAGAGCUGGUUGGACCAAUGCAGCUCUUUGGAGGACUCUUUCAUGGACAACCUGUCUGCUCAGGGCACAUCUGGACCUGGCAGUAACAGAACCAGCUCUGAAGAUGAUCUAACUCUGGGGGCAGAAGCCGCACUGCUACAGGACAAAGACAUAGCUGAGUCCAGGUGA